AUGACAGCAACCUUCGCAAUUUAUACCACAAUGUUGGUACUGAUUCAAAUAUCGGCCCGCUAUGCGACGAACCUCAUGGAUCCUAAGGACUACGACCAAGUGCUAGCAGACCCAAAGCAAGUCAGCGAUCGGAUCUAUGGAAGCAAAAUUGUCAUUGGACUGGAGCAAUGCAUGUUGGUCUCAACCUGGGGUGUCAAGGCAUGCAUGUUGAUGCUCUAUUGGCGAAUCACGCAAAACCUGAAAUCGAACUUUUACAUCAAGAUCCUGUCAGUUUACGUUGCCAUCGGAUUUGUCGUCAUAAUGGUCACCUAUUAUACGGUUUACUGCCGGCCAUUCUCACAAUACUGGGCCAUGCCCGUUGAUAACAUGCAGUGUGCGACAUACCAGUACUACUCGAUAACCCAAGCCGUCUUCAACAUUUCUUCCGAUGCCGUCAUGUUCGCCAUCCCAAUUCCACUGCUCAUCAAAGCUCAACUCAAACGGCGCAGAAAGGUCGUCCUCAUUGGUGUCAUGAGUCUGGGAUUGUUCACCAUCAUUGCCGCUAUCCUAAACAAAUACUUCAAUUUUGCCUCCCCACUUACAACCACCUACCAAAUCUGGUACAUCCGUGAAGCCAGUACAGCAAUCUACGUUGCCAACCUCAUGUGCUGGUGGCCUCUACUGCGCAAGUUGUUUGGCGUCAAGGCAUUCCAGUACAACAGCAACCGCGCUCAGCGACCUGGAGACCCCGACAACCAAAACAAUGAUAGUAGUGGCUCCUACUCCAACAAGUCACAACCUCGUCCUUCAUUCGCAUUUCCUCGAUCAUGGAAGCCACAUUGUCGUCGAGGCAAUAAAACCCCAACGACUGACAAGUACAGCGACGCCAAGCGCUCGAGUACUGAACCCAUCAACAGGUCCAAUAACGAGUUCGUCAACGAGAUGCAACGUGUCGAAGCUGUUCCCCUUGAGAACUGGACCACAAAAGCACAUCUCCAAAGGGAAAAUUCGACAACCAAAGGCUCACUCAACUCGCUUGAGAAACAAUCUGACGGUCAAUUGUACCAGAAGAAGCACGUACGCUCGCCUUAUUGA